UAUUGAAUAAGAAAUAAACACGCAACAGAUAGAUCCUUUGAGUGAAGCAUAUUAGUGGACACUGGACAAUACAUGGAGAAGACAGGAGGGACAUUAUCUGUCACUGAAUCCGCAGCUCCUCCCCCCCAGCGUGCGAGGCUUCAAAUAAUCAAAUUCUUCAACUUGCAUCAGUUUGUCUCCAUAGCACUUUUUAGCACGCUGCAAUUGGGCGACCCCACAACUUAAGCAGCGCUUGGCAUCUUCAAAACGCAAAAGCAAUUGACGCAUCGAAAAGGCAGCAUACGGACGCAAUCUACACCAGCAACAGCUGCAGCAGCAUUUUUCUGCCGUCGACAAUGGAAAGGGAGAUGCUAUUUUUUCCGAAGUGGCACAGUGCGCUUUGGUUUGAAAUUGUGCUGAUGUUCUUGAUAUUGCAAGGCGCCAGACCCGAGAUAACUUGCAGGUCAUGUCAGGUUGGAAAUACGGUGCUUGCCCGGCAAAUCUUACUGAAAUCUUUCACAAACGAAAGUGUGACACCAUUUAAAGAAGUUGACGGUCACAGCGAUGAGGCUGGGAGAUCCCGAGCAGCAAGUGUCGGAACUCCAAGGCUCCGUCGCACAUCUUUUUCCGCUGAACGCGCUCCUGAUCGGGCAGAGGCGUUGAGAAUGACACGGAGUACAGAAACUCUGCGCUCAAAUGAAGUCGGUGACAACCGCUUUUCAGCACAAUACAACGCCACCGGCGGUGCAAAAAGAACGCGCGGCAGCAGGAGCAGCGAUGACCGCAGUCUUGGACGCCCGAGUUCUGGAAGGAGAGUGACGCGCUCAGAACUGCGCUGGAGCAGCGAAGAGAGGCGAGUCGGCGGCUCCAGGCAGGACGAGCUCAAACUUAACAGCUCCACGUUUGCCUUGACCGGGGAUUCAUCUCACAACCAAGCUAUGGUGCACUGGUCUGGCCAGAACAGCAGCGUGAUUUUUGAUGCUGACCAAAUUAUUGACUUCAACUCCACAGUGUUACUGAGAGCUCACUAUGGAGGUCAACUGACUAUGGAGCAACAUACCAGAAACUGAAUGACAAAGUUGGAGCAAAGACAAUACUCAGUUAUUUGUACGUGAGCCCAAACAACAAAAGAAAGAUUAUGCUCUUAACGGACACCGAAGUGGAGAACAGUAUUCUGAUCAGUUCUGAUGAAGGUGCAACAUACCAAAAGUAUCGACUGAACUUCUACAUCCUCAGCUUACUUUUCCAUCCCGAGCAAGAGGACUGGAUUCUGGCUUACAGUCAUGAACAAAAGCUCUAUAGCUCAGUGGAGUUUGGGAGGAGGUGGCAACUGGUUCACGAGAAAGUGACUCCAAAUCGUUUUUACUGGUCAAAAAUGGGUUUGGACAAGGAGCCAGGUUUGAUUCACCUGGAAACCACCAUCGGUGAAGGACAGGCACUGUAUGUCACCUGCAAGCUGCAGAACUGCACAGAUGCCAACAAGGGAAAACCAUUCCCUGGCUACAUUGAUGCCAAUUCUCUGGUGGUUCAAGAUGAGUAUGUGUUUGUCCAGGUGUCGACUACAGGGAAGCCAAUCUACUAUGUGUCUGCAAAGAGAGAUGUCUUUACACCAGUGAAACUGCCGAAGUACACUUUGCCCAAGGACUUGCAUGUCAUCAGUACGGAUGAAAAUCGUGUUGUGGCAGCAGUACAGGAGUGGAACCAGAAUGAAACCUAUAAUUUGUACGUGUCUGACACAUCAGGUGUCUAUUAUACUCUGGCUUUGGAGAAUGUUGUCAGUAGCAUGGGCCUUGAAGGAAACGUCAUGGUUGAUCUAUAUGAGGUGGCAGGAAUAAAAGGCAUGUUCUUGGCCAACAAAAAGACAGAUAAGCAAGUGAAGACACAUAUUACCUACAACAGAGGCAGAGACUGGAGGUUAUUACAGGCACCAAAUAAAGAUCUGCGAGGCAAUAGCAUACACUGUAUGCCACCCUAUUGUUCAUUGCAUCUUCAUCUUCAUGUCUCUGCAAAUCCCUACACAUCAGGAAGCAUAGCAAGUAGGGAGUCAGCACCUGGGAUCAUUGUGGCAUCAGGUUCCUCUGGUUCUGAGCUGACCACCAGCAAUGUCAGUGUGUACAUAACCUCGGAUGCAGGAAACACAUGGAGACAGAUCUUCAAUGAGGAGUAUGCAGUCUUGUACCUUGACCAAAGAGGAGCUUUAGUUGCAAUAAGGCAUACUCCACUUCCCAUCAGGCACUUGUGGUUAAGCUUUGAUGAAGGACGGCAGUGGAACAAGUACAGCUUCACCAAUACUCCUCUGUUCGUAGAUGGUGUGCUGGGAGAGCCAGGGGAAGAGACACUAAUCAUGACGAUAUUUGGCCACGUCAGUCAUCGCUCGGAGUGGCAGUUGGUUAAAAUAGACUUCAGGUCUAUCUUCAACAGGAGAUGCUCAGAGGCAGAUUAUCAAACGUGGCACCUUCACGAUCAGGGAGAGCCCUGCCUGAUGGGAGUGAAAAGAAUCUAUAGAAAGUUGAAGCCCACAUCCAGGUGUGUUAUGGGAAAGCUGUACUCGGUCUCAAUGUCAUCAGGUCCUUGUGACUGCACAGAGGCUGAUUUUGAAUGUGAUUAUGGCUAUGACCGACGAACUGAUGGCAAGUGUACUCCUGCCUUUUGGUUCCAUCCAUCAGCGAUGUCCCGGAGUUGCCCCACAGGGAUGACCUUCCUGAACAGCACUGGUUACAGGAAGGUGGUCUCAAACAAUUGUACAGAUGGAGUCAUUGUGGAGUACACAGCCAAAAGGCAGUAUUGUCCCAUGCAAGCCCCCAAAGGACUUCACCUGGUCACCAGUGAGGGUACACUGUCAGCUGUACUGGGCACCAAUGUCACCUUUCUCGUCUUUCUGGAGCAGGGUGAUGCUACACGAACAAGCGUCACAUUGGACUUUGGAGAUGGUCACGCUUUGACAUAUUCCAAUCUGAGCUCCAUUGAGGAUGGGAUCAAACACAUCUACAAAAAUGUGGGGAUCUACCGGGUGACUGCAGCAGGAAAAAAUAGACUCGGAACAGAGACUGCGGUUCUCUAUCUACACAUAAUCUGUCCGCUGGAAUCCAUCCAUCUCUCAGCUCCCUUUGUAGCUGUGAAGAACAAGGAAGUGAACCUCACAGCGAUUCUGUGGCCUAACCAAGUGGGAACAGUUACGUAUAUCUGGUGGAUUGGAAAUAGCACUGAGCAGCCCAUAAUCACACUUGAGGCAAGUGUGACAUGCACAUUUUCCCAGGAAGGCAUCAGCACAGUCACCGUGCAGGUGUCUGCAGGGAAUACUAUUCUGCAGGAGCGAAAGGCCAUCUCCAUCCAUGAAUAUUUCCAAUCUCAUCUGCUGGCCUUUUCUUCAAACUUGGACGACCACAACCCUGAUGUUCCAGAGUGGAGGCUGGAUGUGAGCCGAGUCAUCAAGAAUUCACUUAUCCAGGCCACAGGUGUGAAUGGGGAUUAUCUUCUGGUAACUGUCCUCCCAGGUUUGCCCACAACAGCAGAAUGUUUCCUCCUGCUUGACAGACAGCUGAUUGAAGAAGAACACAAGAAGAAGUCUGCUCAUUUAAAUCAUCUCUCCGAGAUGAUGCUAAGUGCCUUGAAUCAAAAUCUGGUUCAGUUCACCCUGCGACCUGGAGUCCAGGUCACAGUCUACGCAGCACACCUAUCAGCAGCACCGCUAGUGGACAGCAGCGAGAACCACAGUACCCCUGCCAUGUUGAUGUUGCUAUCAGUUGUGGUUGUGGGUUUAGCUGUAUUUGUCAUCUAUAAAUUCAAGAGGAAGAUCCCAGGCCUCAACGUCUAUGCGCAGAUGCAGAAUGAAAAGGAACAAGAAAUGAUAAAUCCAGCUAAUCCAACAGAAGCCACGCCCAGCUCCCAGCAGGACGUGAUUCAUUCUUUGGAGACUUUGGACACAGCGUUUAACUCACGGCUCAUCGGUAAACAUGUUUAUGGAGUUUCAGUUUUGUAAGGAUUUGUCAUACCUCUGUGAUUGUGUACAGAUUCUCUCAUGAAACUCAUACUACACUUUUGUAUUUAUUUAUUUAUUAGAAUUUAAGUGAUCCAGUCCAGCAGUGCAUGGAAACAUAAAAGCAAAAUGAGUAUGAUGAGCAAUGCAUCUGUGAAUCCUAAGAGCUUUAUAUUCAUGCUCAGCACAGGUCUAAUUAUAUGCAGCGCCACCAAGUGUUGGUAUUGUCACAACUUAGUGCGUUUGCAAGCAAGAAGUUGGCACCAUCGUGGGGGUGAAUAUAGCUGACUUGAUUUGCAGCCAAUUGAAAUGUCUCCUCUUAUUACCUCUAAAAUCAUUGCACAAGACGCACUAUCCUUGACAUGGCAGAAAAACUGAUUUGCGAAAGGCAGAAGCAUGCAAAGUACGUUUGUAAGGAACUGUGAGUAAACCUUGUCGAGCAGGUGAUUUAAAGUUGGCUAAACCAAUCAUAGAUCACUGCUUUAACUAUAAUAAUAAUGCUUUCAAUUAAUUUAUUUCUACAAUGAUUCAGAAGUUGUUGUCAUAUUUAGGAAUGAAAUCCCAUGACAUCCACCACACAUCCAGUAUCCUCAGAAUCCAACAUUUCAGAAUCCAAAUUUCUAGCCAUUACCUGCAGCAAUAUUCAGAUCUGGUACCAGCAGGAGUGAAGUUUAGUCUACAUUCAGCCUUCAAAUUCUCAGUUGCAAUGGGGACGUGUCAAAUUAAACACCCUUGGUACACCGCAACGCAAAGCAUACCACCCUUUUGCCAGAUUCCUAAACACACUAAAUGAGGCUUGCACGAAAAUCAAUAUGUGCCAGUUUUUACACUCAAGCGCAUCUGUGCUAUUUAUGAAUAUAGCGCCUUAGUUCAGAUAUAUCAAAUUGAGCUAAUAUUCUCUCCACCAUCGCCAUCUCACCAAUCAUUUUUUUUGUCAAUAUUUAAGUCAAUAACUAAAAUAAUAAUAUUAAAUAUUAUGGCAAUAAGCAGUUUUGGCAAAAACUACAGUUCUUUCAGCAAUGGAUUAUUUUGCGCUUUAUAAAUAUGAUCAGACAUUGCAUCUAUUUACUGUUACCAUUGCUAUCAACAAAGCUAAGUCAAAUUUAUUUAUAUAGCCCUUAAUAAACAUAAAAAAAAAAGCACAUUCUUUCACAGUUGACCAAUGCAUACACUAUAUUAACCCUUGUCGUAGUGUCAGGGUGGGUGUGAUAAUAAACCUAUCUUGGUGUGUAAGUUCAUUUACUUUGCCUAAAAAACAACAACAACAACUAGAUCUCUGUGAAUUAACAAAAUACUGUAGAACUUGGCCUUGCUGGGCCUGGCCUCCGUUGCUUCCCUAUCACAACAGGCACUCCAUUUCUCUUAUCUAGAAAUUCCCCAAAAUGACAAUUAAUAAAAAAAAUAUAUGAAUCAAAUGUUGUUCUUAGAUAUGAUGUACAAUGUACUCAUUCAUCUUUUGGGAGAUCGUGUUAAACAUUUUAAACUAAAGACCUGUGGUUAACCUGAAAGAAUGUCUUUUUGAUGAAAGGUAUUCAUUAAUCUCACUGCUGCCAAGAUGUUAAAUUAUUGUGUGCUAGCUCUCACCUGAUCUGGUCCUCGAGGACCUGUCUUGCAUGUUUUAGAUGUUUCGCUUCUUCAACAGACUUGAUCAAGUUCCUGGAGAGCUUGCUGAUGAGCUGAUCAAUUGAAUUUGACACAUGUGCCCUAAAAUAUAUCACCCCAAAAUCCUAAUCGCGUGUGCAAAGUUUUGCAUUUAAUAAAAUGACAUUGUUGCUUUGUUUUCCCUAGGAUGUAAGAAACCACAUGUUCAUGUGAAAUUCUCCACUGAAUUACCCUCGUACGUCGUCUAAUUUAUGGACUGGAACACCACUACUGCUGCAUCAUACAUUUGUUUUCAAUAAUGUUGGACAAUAAUGUGUUUUUUAGCUUUUUACCUGUGCAUGUUGGACUGUGCUGACAUAUAGUGUACUCUAUUACAAACCAGAGGAAACUUUUCUUUAAACAUAUAGCCAAUACAUUUUAUUUUUAUUACAUCGUAAUUUAUACUAGCCACACCAAUAUUUCAAUGAUGGCAUGAUCAAGAAAGGUGACACAUGUCAUAAGAAGCAAUGUAUUAGUUUUGCCUACCUGAGGAGACUUAUAUGGUGUGUGUGGAGCAAAUAGCGCCAGUUAAUUAUUUAUUCAGAUUAAUAUAUAUUUGUUCUUGAUGUUAAUUAUUUAAUUUGUAAAUCCCGAAUGUCAAACUGUUAAUAGUAUACAGUAUGUAUUUCAAUAACAAGUGUUACAUAAAAUGAAAAUUUAA